AUGAGUUAUGUAUCAGAUUCUGAAGAAGAAUCAAUUGUACCGGUAACAUCACUAAUAUCAAAUCAUAAAUUGAAUGAAAAACUCAAAAAUUUGUCAUCACAUCAGAGGAAUAAUAUUAUAAAAAUGGUUCAAAUCUUGAUGCCCAAGAUGAAUUCCACCACUGUUCCAAAUCCAGAUAUCAUUGACGAUAGUGAAGAUGAGGCAAAUGAUCCGCUUCGACUAUUUGAUUUCAUACCUCAUAACGAAGAAACUCGAAAUAUUACUGAUUGUACAGAAGAAGACGUCCUUGUAACCGAAAAUAAAGAAAAUGAAAACCAUUUGAAAGCUUAUAUGAGUUCUAAAGCUCAAGAUUAUGCACCCAUAAGGACUUUAAGAAAAAGGAAUUUUGCAAGUACUCAUCCAUACUUAUCAGAUCAAGCUUAUUAUUUAGGUUUAGCGGACAUUAGUGAAUUAAAUUCUAUAUACGAAGAAAAUAAUCAUAGUCUUGAAUCAAUUGUUAAAUUACUUAAUUAUAAUUAUAUGAAAUUGAAAGAAAAAUACCCAAGAGAUGAAAAAUUUAAACAAAAAAACUUUUAUGCAAUUUUAGGAAAACAAUCUAAAGCUGCUCAACAAGUUGAAGCUGAAGAAUCAGGUACACAAAUAUCAAAUGAUGUUGAAUUUGAAGAACUGCAAAAUGCAGCGAACGAAAUAUUACCACUGCAAAUGCUGGUUCAAGAGUUUGCGGCAUCUGAAAUUGAGUCACCAGAAGAAAGUCAAGAUGAAGAUGAAGGUUCUUCUAGUGAUGAUGAGGAAAUUCAAGAUAAAGAUGUUUACGUUAGAGUUGGUGGUAAAUUUAGAAAAGAAAAAUCUGCAUUGAAAGGAAUUUUACCAGAAUCUGCAAAACAUUUACCUAUUUAUCGUAACAAUAAACAAAAUGGGAGAAAAAAUUCAAAACAAAAAACAAUCGAAAUUAGAAAAGGAAUGGCUAUAAAGAAAAGUAGAAAGAAUAGAUCUUUAAAUGUAAGAGAAACUAUGGAUGAUUUGAUUGAUGACAAUAUUUAUAGUGAGGAUGAAAUUGAUUUUCAAGCGACAAAUUAUCAGAAUAUUGAUCAACUUGCCGAUUUGGAGAAUGAUUACAACAUAAAUUACACUAGUGACACGUUCGACCAGUGGGAUGACUCUUCAUCGAUAGAUAACACUAAUUUUGAUGGUACUUUUCCGGGUGCACGUUCUGUUUCACCAAUAGUGUUGUCGGACUUUUCAGACUCAUCCAUGGAACCAGAAUCAGAUGACGAUUUAAAUUUAUUUGUUCACUCGGACCAUGAAGAGGAAGACUUACAAGCAGUCAUCGAUCUAAAUGAUGAAGCUAUAGAAAGUAGUGUGAUUGAUAGAAUGUUGGCUCCAAAUAACAUACGUAAAUCUAAUCCCAGCAUUAAACCCAACAAAAAGUCAUCAAACACCACAACAAAACCAAGAUCUUCAAACACAAAGGCUUCAGGAACCCCUAGUAAAAGAAAUGGUUCUACAAAGUCCAAUAAAAAACCAAAACCCCCAUCACGAACCCCUAAACUGAAGACAAAACACAAGCAAUCAAGAUUAUUCCGAGAAUCAUAUCGACAAUUGUCAGUGAAGCCAAUUUCCAGAACUCAAUCCACAAAUAAGAGGAGAAAGAAAGAAAAUACGAAACAAAAAUCAAUGCAAAAAUCAAUAGACAAAUACAUCAAUCCUGGACGAGUAGAUAAUUUAAGAACCCCUAUAUACGCUACAACUGCAUUUGAAGCUGAAGGUAACCAAUCAAUUAAAGUUACAAAAUAUCAGAAAUACUCCACAAACUCAAACAUAAUCAACUUAUCCACUCAACCAGAAUUUGUUCCUGGGUGUAUACUCAAUCUUAUUUCACUUAAUCGACUACAUCAUGCAGCAGAUGGGAAAUCUUUACAUAAGUUCACCGAUCCUAUUGAACUAACUUAUAAAGAAACCAAAUUUUGUUUCUCACUUAUUAAUUUGGAAAAUUCAAUCGAUGGAGCUGAGUCAUUGUUAAAACUGAUUAAUAAUGACAUUUUAAAACUGAAUUUAAAUGGUAAAGAAUUUGAAAGAAGUAUUUACGACUGUAUGAAAGGAUUAAUAGGAUGGUACUUACUUCUGCAACGCUCUCCUACAUUAGUGGAAUGGGCUUUGGUUAAUUCCUUAUUGUCAAAUGUCAAAGAAAGCACCUUGAUAUCAAAUUCCAACAAAUUAUUUUUUGUUCCAUAUGUAAUUUUACUACAAUACGUAAUGUUUAUUGGGGAGCAAAUUAAUGGCAUAGGGGCUAAUGGAAAAUUUUGUGUUCAAUCAAGUGGUACUUUUUAUUGGAGUUUGUGGUUCCCCAUGUUUGAUUCUAAUGAUUUUGAAAAAAUUAAUUAUGCUGGUGGAGAUGGUAUUAGAAGCAAAGAGACGGAAUCUUUUUAUAUUAUUUGCACUAUAUUAGAACUUCAAAAAUCUUGGUGGUCAAGUAUUACAGCUUCAAUUGAUGAAUUCUAUACCUCGUUUGAUCUUGAAAUUUUGUUAGAGGCAAUCUUUUGUUUAAUUCAAAUCUCAAGAACACCAUCAUGGAAACCAUUACAAGCUUAUUUCAUGAAACUUAAUGACGAUAUGGAUGCGGGCAUUUAUUAUCGUUACGUGGACAUUUUAUAUAGUACAUGCCAAUUCAGAAACUGGCAUUUAGAUGAAAGUUUAUUGUUGCAAAUACAUGGCAGUAUUUUGAAAAGGAACUUUGCAAAUUUACAAGAUGAAGAAAUGGAUCAAGAAAUAUAUCAUCAAAUCAAGUCUAGAUAUGACAUCGGCGGAGAAUCAUUUUAUGAUAGAUAUAUGCAACUAUUGUCAUGGCAUAUAUCAUCCAUGUCGGAUGAUUCUCAGGUUAAAAGGUUCAUUACCAAGCUAUACUCCUCAAAUGAUUUCCAAUACUCAAACGAUAAGAAACAUAGAGUAAUGUUCAUCAAUAGAUUUAAUUUAAUAAUUUUGUUAGCUCUGUAUUCGUCUUCAGAUCAAAGAAAUCAAAUACUGAAUUUAAUUAAUUCUAUGAAAGAUGUAACAGACUUAAAAUUUGUAAAAGCUGCAGUCAAAGGUCUUACUGUCACAACACAAAUCAUUUUCUCCAAAAAAUUGAAGUUGCCAAUGGAUGCAUUGCAAGCGAUAAUGAUUAAAUUAAAUUCCAUUUGGUUCAAUAAACCGGGUAUGAAGAAAUUAUGGAACUAUUUUAUGUCACCAAUAAAUAAACUAGUAGAUGACAAUGCUGAUGAAGCUUUCCAAUUCUUACUAUUGGCGAAACCGUUGAAUGUAAACACAACUAAACAAAUGAAUAAUGGCAUUAUCAAUUUAUGUUUGAAGAUUAUCCAAUCACUUAAUUUACCGAAGUUGAAUCAUGCUCAAAUCAAAAUCAUUCAAAAUGUAAGCGGUAUUAGUUUAAAGCUAUUAGAACACUACAUGAUGGAAAAUUCAGAUAGAAAUCAAGAGGUAAUUAAAAAUUGUAUAUCUUUGUGGAUUCUGACUUGGAACGCACUUGGAAAUAAUUGGGAUCAAAUUGUUUUACAAAAAUUUCCAUAUAUAGGAGUUGAAAGUGAAAGAGAGAAAUAUGUUUUAUUCUUUUACUCUAAAGUGCUUGUUUUUCAUGACAUUAGAUCAUGUAAGGAGAUAGUCAUAUCAAAUAUAUUGAAUGGAUUGAUGUUACCAAAACCACCUGUUGAUAGUAUUGAGUUGAUGAAAGCUCUAGCUUAUAAGAAUUGGGAUUGUUUUUCAUUCAUGAAAAUGUAUAACUUUGACAAUAUGGAACAUCCAAGGUUGAGAUUCAAUAUUUUUUCAAAAUUGAUUCAUAGUUUAUCUACUAGAUCUGAUUUCAGUACCUUUGUUUCAGAAACUUUGAAGAGAUUGAUUAAGGACAUUUGGGAUAAAGAUUUCGCAAAUUCAGUUUUAAAAGAGUUAAGUAAAUAUACAAAUUUGGAUUUUAAAGCUCAAACGCAAAUAACAGAAUUAUCGAGUAAAAUUGGGUAUGAUCAACCACAAUUUCAAAUAUUACCUUUUGAACAACAAAUUGAAGCAGUCGAUAUAGAAUUAUCUAAAGAUGAUGAUGAAUUCGAAACUGAAGAUCUUGAUAUUUUAUAUUACUUUAUGGGAAAAGAGAGUACAAACAAAAACUGGCACGUCAUUAAUAAAUUGGUUUAUCAAUUUCAUAAAGCACUUUUCAAGUAUAAAUUCAAAUUGACUAAUUGUAAGUUUUACGGUUUUUUGAACUUGCUUCAGACAACUUGGCAGAAUGAUGGAGAUAGAGACUAUGACGAAAGUAAAAUUUUAGCCAUGAUUACUAUUUGUAAUCUUUUCUUCGAUAUUAAAUACAUUUUAUUUGAAGGUUAUUGGCCGUCGAAAACGUUUGAAACAUUGUAUGAGAAUUUGAAAGUCUAUGUUGGAGAGUUUAGUCAGCACGGCCACUCAAAUGCUGAGUUUAAAGAGGCGCUUGAAAAAAUACUUAAAUAG